UUAGUGCUACCGUGUUGAUAUGGCAAUCGGACAGAAAAUACUGCUGCUGAUUUCGCUCUCUCUACUAAUAGCAUUUUAUGACAAUCUACUUUGCUUUGCCGAAAUUUCUUAUCACACCUGCAAAGUGCGCGCGAAUAUAGGAAAAAUGGAUAUAGAAGAUUUUGAAAAGAAACGUCCUGCGCGAAGCACAAACGCAGAAUGCUUUCGGAUUUGCUACGCUUUGAUGACGAAAACGAGGUACUACACUAGAACCUGUCUGGGUGGCACUACGAAUUAUUCUCGCUGGUUCACCGUAUUUGAAUGUCCGCAAAAAAUUAGAAAUCCUGUUUUGAUCGCAGAUGGCAUCAUUCCCGAUGAAUUCACAACCAAAAGGCCAACUGAUCUCUGUCCUGGCUGGAAAUAUCCUGCCGAUUAGAAUGAUGUUUACUGUGUAUAGUGAAAAUAAAAUUAUAUAAUUAUCAUCUUUCAGACGGUUAAGAAGGUGGCAUUCUCGGCUCCAUUUUUGACAGCGACAUUAAAUUUAUUUGCCGCAU